GAUACAACUUGCAAAUCACAGUUGACUAUGCAUGAGAAGAUCCAGACUGGAGAAAAGUCUUACAUAUACUUUGAAUGUGGUAAAACCUUUGAUCAGAACAACUCCGUUGUGGUUUUUGGAAGGAUCCAUACAGGAGAGAAACCCUACAAGUGCUCCCAAGGCGGUAAAUGCUUUAGCAAGCAUAGCAAUGUGGACUCACACCAAGGAGAAACCGUUUGAAUAUCCUGAUUGCUGGAAAAGUUUCAGUCAGAAUUCCAGCCUGGUGACACACCAGAAGACUUUCCCAGGAGAGAAGCCCUUUGAAUGUCCUUAUUGUGAUAAAAGUUUCAGUUGGAAUUCCAGCCUGUUGUCACAUCAGAGGACUCACACAGGAGAGAAACCCUUUGAAUGUCCUGAUUGUGGGAAAAGUUUCAGUUUGAAUUCCAGCCUGAUGAGACACCAGAGGACUCACACAGGAGAGAAACCCUUUGAAUGUCCUGAUUGUGGGAAAAGUUUCAGUCAGAAUUCCAGCCUAGUGACACACCAGAGGACUCACACAGGAGAGAAACCCUUUCAAUGUCCUCAUUGCGGGAAAAGUUUCUGUGAUAAUUCCAGCCUGGUGAAACACCAGAGGACUCACACAGGAGAAAAACCGUUUGAAUGUUCUGAUUGCGGGAAAAGUUUCUAUGAUAAUUCCAGCCUGGUAACACACCAGAGGACUCACACAGGAGAGAAGCCCUUUGAAUGUCCUGAUUGUGGGAAAAGUUUCAGUUUGCAUUCCAACCUGAUGAGACACCAGAGGAUUCACACAGGAGAAAAACCCUUUGAAUGUCCUGAUUGUGAUAAAAGUUUCAGAUCAAAUUCCAACCUGGUGAUACACCAGAGGACUCACACAGGAGAAAAACCCUUUGAAUGUUCUGAUUGCGGGAAAAGUUUCUGUGAUAAUUCCAGCCUGGUGAAACACCAGAGGAUUCAUACAGGAGAGAACCUCUUUGAAUGUCCUGAUUGCGGGAAAUGUUUUUGUGAUAAUUCCAGCCUGGUGAGACACCAGAGGACUCACACAGGAGAGAAGCCCUUUGAAUGUCCUGAAUGUGGGAAAAGUUUCAGUUUGAAUUCCAGCCUGGUGACACACCAGAGGACUCACACAGGAGAGAAACCAUAUGAGUGUCCAGAAUGUGGGAAAGAUUUCAGUACUAGAUCUAAUCUUAUAAAACAUGUACUUAUACACACUGGUGAGGAACCAUGUGAGUGUUCCGAGUGUGGUUGUUGCUUUAGGAGACAUUCCACCCUUAUUGCACACAAGAAAACGCACACAAGGCCCGAAGUGAUUAGUGUAGAGAAGGUUUGAACUUCAUUUCUAAUGUUCCAUUGCAAGUCCAGUUGAGAAAUUUACUGUUUAAUUUGACUACAAAGAAUUGGCCUAACUUUUUGUAGAAAAGCAUGUAAUGGUAUUAGAUGGGAAGGAGGAAAGAAAAAAUUGCAAGAUAAUAAUUUUAUAAUGCCUAUCUGGCUAUCAGCAGCAGAAGUUGCUGGAUACGAUUAAUCCUCGGGUUACAAAUGCAAUGCAGCCUGCCCAUUCCAUCCGUAAGUUAAGAAUGCGUGGGAGUGAAUCUCAUAGAUUGAAUGACAUCACUCCCUGCUUCCUCUCUUGCAUUUGUGCUUUCUUGCCCCAGAGCAGCCUGACAAGGCCUUCGAUACCAGGAAAGCAACCCCAAGAAGCUGCUCAU